GGAAGGCAUUCAGGCUUAAUUCGGGGAACUGGAGCACAGAUCCAAUUCCCUAAAUCAAGAGCCCCUCACCAACAUCAAGGAACCUUCCUUGAGGGGAAACUUGACUUAUGAGACGCCUGGUGAGAGUCAUGUCAGUAAGAGUCAGGUCGUCUGCUCCUACGUGGACGUAAACAUUGUAACAACUCGUACAUUCUUCAUACAUUAAAAACGCUCUUUUAGCUUUCUAAGUCACACUCAACACCGUCUUAACGGACUUAAGAGGUUGUGAGUGACGUGUUACUCAUUAAAAGUGAAGAAGAAAGAUGGACUACUUGCGGUCAGUGACACAAAGUGUGUUAGGAAGCCCCCAGCCUGGUCACCAACCCACAGGGGCUGAGACUGUAGAACGGCUUAUAGACAGAGUUCAGUCAUCUACAUUACUAGAGGAUCGUCGUGAUGGUUGCAGAGCUCUCAAGGCCAUGUCUCGCAAAUAUAGAGUUUUGGUUGGAGCACACGGGAUGGAUACACUUACACAAACUUUAUUGCUUUUGACUCAACUUACAAAAAGCAAUACCAAUCUUCAGAAGAUUGUAGCAUUUGAAAAUGGCUAUGAUCAUAUGUUUGAGAUCAUUGAAGGAGAGGGAUAUUCUGAUGGUGGUGUGGUUGUUGAAGACUGCCUCAUUUUAAUGCUUAAUCUUCUGCGCAACAACCCUUCAAAUCAGACAUUUUUUAAGGAAGGUAGUAUGAGUUCUUUGGUAUGUGGUUGUUUUGUGCAGAAGUGGAAGGUUCCUAUUUUGAUACAGGAGGGUCCCACUUAUAUGGCAGAUGAAGACUUUGAAGGAUUUUGUGUCACUGAUAAAAUGAUGAAGAUAUCAAACCUCAAAACUUACACUAAAAGUUUAUCGGAGGAAAGCAUAAAUAAGUUACAGGAAGCUAACAUCGAAGAAAUGCUGAACAUUGACAAUGAUGCACCUGUUGUGCAUUCCCUACUAGUGCAAACUUUGGUGGCCCCUCAGAACCCAGCACAAGUGGUUACAUCAUGCCAGAAGGUAAUGAAUCAGUGUGGACUUCUGCAAGCCCUCACUGGACUCUUAAUGGCCUCGGGUGUUCCUGUUGACAUCCUCACUGACACCAUUACCACUGUCUCAGACAUGAUUCGUGGUAGCCAACCUAAUCAAGAAUUUUUUGCUAGUAUGAUGGCCCCUUCAUCACCGCCUAGACCAGCUAUUGUGGUGUUAUUGAUGUCAAUGGUAAAUGAGAAGCAGCCCUUCAUUCUACGAUGUGCAGUCCUUUACUGCUUUCAGUGUUUCCUCUACCGCAACCAAACUGGCCAGGCUCAGAUUAUCCAGACACUACUGCCGCAAACUGCUGAUGUUGUACCAGGAGCUAAACCUUUUCCUAACUCAGUGACAGCAGGUCAGCUACUGUGCAGUGGACUCUUUUCACUUGACCCGGUCUCUAACUGGUUUGCUGCAGUAGCUCUAAGUCAUUCCUUGGUUGAUAAUGCAACACAGAAGGAAAACAUGUUGCGAGUGCAGUUAGCCACAAGUGUGGGGAGUGCAGCUGUGUCACUGCUGCAGCAGUGUACUUCCAUUCUUCAGGCCCGAUCAAAAGUGCUUACUCGCUUUGGCAUACUUAUGCUUCUUUCUACUUGGUUAGCUCACUGCCCUCUUGCUGUGCAGACCUUCCUUGCAAUACCCACUGCUGUUCCAUAUCUUACUACUCAUGUGAGUGCUAAUGAGCAUGAUGAACUUGAGAUGGUUUGUCAGGGUCUUUGUGCAUUCCUGCUUGGUCUGUGUGUCCAGUUUAAUGACGGCAGUGGUAGCAACUUCUCAAGAGAGAGUCUCAAGCAGCUUGUGAGUGAUCGUAUUGGGGCAGAAAACUUUGGUGAUAAAUUGAGUAAUAUAUCAAGAACAGAAGUAUACUCAAAGGCUGCAAAAUCACCUCAGCUGGCAGCCAAACAACCUUCAGAUCUCGUGUUUGAUCAUGAAUUCUGCAGGCUUUUCAAGAGUUUAGAAGGUUUGACUUUUUCAAGUGUAUUCUUUUCAGCCAUCUUUAAUCUCAACUCUCCCUGCAUAGUUGGGCCAGAUCAUAAUUUAUAUACAGUACAGUGGACCCCCGAGUUUCGCGAUUAAUCCAUUCCAGAGAGCCUGCCGAAAGUCGAAAUUGCCGAAUGGCGAAACCAUUUUCCCUAUAAGAAAUAAUGGAAAUAAAAUUAAUCCGUUCCAGACACCCAAAAAUAUUAAAAUUAAAUAUUUUUUUCAAAUUAAGUAAAGAUUUACAUACUGAAAACAGUGAGAAAUCAAGUACAUGCAUAUAAAAAAUAAUAAUAACAUUACACUUACCUUUACUGAAGACUUCUGGGUGGAUGGAAGACAGGAGGAGGGGAUAGGAGGAAGGUGUACACUAUUGUUUGGAAGGAGAAUCUCCUUCCAUUAGGACUUCAGGUAUGAAGUCCUUAUCUGGGGUUACUUCCCUUCUUUGUUUUUUAAAGACACUGGCACUGGGAACAACUUGAGUCACUGGAACCCUGUCGCACAAAAUAUCUGUCCAGAGAGCUCUGUUUCUGGCGUUUCUUUAAGAUUUGUCUGAAGUGGGACACAACACUGUCAUUGUACGGCCUGCAACAGCUUUGUUAGGGUGAAGUUCAUCCAUAAAUGUUUGCACUUCAGUCCACUUUGCACAAAUGUCCUUAAUCUUUGCAGCAACAGCACACUUUAUUUCCUUUCCUUUCGCCACGAUUGAAGUACUGGUUGAGUGGGGUUUGCCAUACAUCCUGGCAAGCUCUGUAACACGCACUCCACUCUCAUAUUUUUCAGUGAUUUCCUUCUUGAAUUCGAUCGUGUUCCUCACUUUCUUUACCAAAGGGCUUGUACUAGCUUUCCUUGGGCCCAUGGUGACUUAUUUAGCAGUUGCAAUCACAAAAAACAAUUGAUUAUUACGUAUGAACCCACGGGGUGAUGGUCACAUGUUGGUAAACAAUGGCACACUGAGCAUGAAUGGCAUGGGAGACUGGCUUUGUGUGCGCGGUGAUGGGCAGACGGGUACCAGACGGUCGCCGAAUCAUGAGUCUAAUCACAAAACGCGAGGCCAAAUUUUGCCGAAAAAACUUGCCGAAAGUCAGAUUUCACGAAAGUCGAUGCCGCCGAAACUCAGGGGUCCACUGUAUAUUGUAAAUACACUUCUCUGUAGUACUUGCUUGCUUGAAAGGAGUUAUAUCUAUUAUCAUUAUCUGCUCUGGUAAGUAAAACCUUUAUAACAUUAAAAGCAGUUGCUCUUUAUAUACAGUAUACAGUGGACCCCCGGUUAACGAUAUUUUUUCAUUCCAGAAGUAUGUUCAGGUGCCAGUACUGACCGAAUUUGUUCCCAUAAGGAAUAUUGUGAAGUAGAUUAGUCCAUUUCAGACCCCUAAACAUACACGUACAAACGCACUUACAUAAAUACACUUACAUAAUUGGUCGCAUUGGGAGGUGAUCGUUAAGCGGGGGUCCACUGUAUAUUUAACCUUGUCUGUAUGUUUUCUCUAAAACUUGUGUUUUUAUUGUUAUAAAUUUUUG